ACACGUUCUUUGUCGAAGUUUGGAUGCUAGUUUACACGCAAGCUAUAGAGGUACUGGAGAAGUGCAUAAAAGAUUCAUAGGAAUGAUACCAGAAAUAUGGUGUUAUCCCCAUCGGAAAAUAAUGAACAGACUGGUCUCAUUUCUCUUGAAAAGGAACACCCGUAUCCUUGGUCUGCUUGGCCAGCUGGAGAAGAUCAAUUUGGAAUCAACAUUGCAAGAUGUGGAAAAUGGCCGUCAUGUCACUGCCAAGCUUCUUCAUCUGGUUCAGACUCAAGCAGCAUUCCCUUUCUCAGUCCUACAAGAGUCAGAAAGAGUGAAGAAAGAUAUAACAGCCAAAGGUUCAUCAGGAAUGGAAAUAAUAUUGUCAACACUUGAGAACACUCGUGAUCUACAGACUACGCUGAAUAUCCUCAAGAUAAUUAAUGAACUGGUUUCAGUAGGAGGAGGACGCAGGUGUGGUGUUUUGGUUUCCAAAGGAGGAAGCCAAAUUCUACUUCAGUUGCUAUUUAGCGCCAGUAAAGAUUCUCCUCCAAAUGAAGAGGUUAUGAUACAGCUACAUUCUAUCCUUGCAAAGAUUGGACCAAAAGGCUUCUAGGAAUUCCCGUGCCUGUCUCUACUUAGCUUGUCCCAGGAU